UACGAUGAUGCGAUUUUGACCAUAAUUACCAACAAGAAGAAGCCUCUUCAAGACCCGCAUCGUCCCCCAACCCCCCCAAAAAUACGACCACCAAUAACUACAACGCCUUCUCGAGCGUCCUCGCGAUCAACAGCUGGGUCGCCCGACAGAAAACAAUGGUCGAACCAUCCCCACAAACCUGGACGCUACGUCUCAAAUCCUACAAAACCACCGUCUACCUUCACGUCGACCCCCUCUCCACCUUCACCUCCAUCAAACAAGCACUCUUUGAUGCUCUCGCGGAAACAUCGCUAGUCUCUACCACGGGCGAAACUAUCACACUCCCCGACUCGUCGUCAGAUAUACAGCUCGGAAAGCCCGUGAAUACACACGAUCCGAGAGCUGGUUUCUUGCUGGGAGAAUGGGAGUACCCAGAUCAAGACUCAGACGAGGAAAUGGAUGGGAACGGCAAGGGAAAGGGAAAAGCGAAGGGGAGGGCGAAGAAGACAGCUAAUGGUGCCGAGAAUCUGUCUUCGUCAAAGCACUGUCCCAAGGGCGCUGGCCUGAGGGAAAACGCUGUGCUGGCUUUCAGGUGGAGAGGCGAUGGAACUGGCUGGGAGGAUGAGGAGGACGAGGCGAGUAUGUGGGGUGUUAAGAUCCCGAGCUUUGAGGAUGGGUAUGGGGUCGAGAAUGAAGGGGAUGUCGGGGGAAGACCGCAGUUUGAAGGUUGAUUUCCUUGUAUUAAAAAAGGCUAUAAGGGUUGUAAUGACAAUAAUGAACUAUUAAAACAGUGUAGACCAUGAAUCAUCGUCGAAUAUCCACCUCGGCUUUGGUGUAGCGCGAGGAGUAUGGACCAGAGAACUAGACAAAUUUUCCUUAGCGGUUAUAAAACUCACUCGGCCUUCAGGAUCAUCAAGUCUCCUUCUGUAUUUCGCCCGAAAGUUGCC